UGAUUCACGGUCCCCUCUUGAACGCAAACAACAGCGCUGUCCGUCCGGUCGCUGCAGUCAGCUUAGUGGCCGCCCAACACGACAGUCGCUUCUGCAGCUCACGCGUUUAACUCGGCGGUCCUGGGGCAGGGACUAACCCUCACUGCUCCUGACAUUAUUAAACACCACCAGCGGGUAUUUUGGAGUCAGCCGGUCUGCUAGCUAGCUGUAAGGACGCUGGUUAGCAGGUGGUUAAGUAUGGUUUUCAGGGAGCGCAGUCGGGGUGCUGUGCCACUGGAGGCAUCAAUAUGACGGUUUUGCUCGGCGAUUAUUAACUAGUUAGCUGGCUAGCUAACUUGGUCGCUCCUGUCUACUGCUUACCGGACUGUCAGGAAGCAGCCUCGAUUACAAGUAUUGUUGCAUAUAAUGUGGAGACUGAUUACACGGAUUAUUCGUCGGAACAUCGAGGUUGUGAGCUCCCGUUAACGUUAGUUAUUCGCCCGUCACAGACCGAACUAGCUUCAACUUUUUUUUACAAACAUACAAACAUCUGGAGAACUACUGGGUUGACUAGUGGAUUUAAUUUAGGCGUCCAGAUUUAUAGCUAUGUUGACAAACUGCCGUCUUCAUUAGCUAGUUCAUCACUGUGUUUGACUUGAACAGGGACCUAUUGGAUAUUCCCAGCUACCUGGCCUAACUUGGAAUCCUCGGACUCGAUUUAGAGUAUAGGUUACAAUCUGAAGUGGCUAAAAAAUCUGAUUAUUGUAUUAACUUGGCUUUUUCGAACUAGUCUAGUUAUCUAGUUGUUAUUAGCUAAUCUGGCUUGUUGGAUUAACACACUACUUUUGUAAUCUGUCUAAUUUUCCUAAUUUUAUUACCAGUGCUCCUUAAAAAAAAACAAACGCUAAACGCUAGCGAACGCUAACCUAGCUAGGUUAUCUUACCUGGUAGGUUACAUUGAAUUCUAACUGGCUAGCGUUAUCUUAGCUAGGCUAGCUCUGUAUUUUAGCAAGAGGGAAGCACACAGGUGUAACUGCACCAUUUAAAACGUAUCAAUCGACCCCGCAUCAAUUUUACUAGCUAGCACAGCGAGCCAACUAGCUAAUUAUGACUUGACCAGCCAGAUUCACCAGCCCUGCUGUGCUAGACUGCUAGCUAACUAGCGUUAAUUAGCUGGCUAGCUACUUUAAAGUACAGCCGCCGCCGCUGCUAUAGAAGUUAAAGCCGAGCUGGUGGUGCUGGACUUCGGACAGUUCUCCCACAGAAACAUAGAUGUACUAUUCAAUUGAAUUUUGAGAGUCCCACUUUGAACGCGCAAAAUGACGACGAGGACACCAGUCGUGGCGGUCAAUGAGCAUUCGAGUAACCAGACUCACACUGACUCAAAGUCCGGGGGGCGCUCCAACAUGAGCCGCAGCCGCAACCCACAAGCCACCACAUCAGACGAGCAGCCCCAUAUUGGUAAUUACCGGCUCCUGAAGACCAUUGGAAAGGGCAACUUCGCCAAGGUCAAAUUGGCGCGACAUGUUCUCACAGGGAAGGAGGUGGCUGUGAAAAUUAUAGACAAGACUCAGCUCAACUCCUCCAGUCUACAAAAGUUAUUUAGGGAAGUGAGGAUCAUGAAGCUGUUGAAUCACCCAAAUAUUGUGAAAUUAUUUGAAGUGAUAGAGACUGAGAAGACACUUUACCUGGUUAUGGAGUAUGCCAGUGGAGGAGAGGUGUUUGAUUACCUGGUUGCCCACGGCAGAAUGAAAGAGAAAGAAGCACGAGCCAAAUUCAGACAGAUUGUUUCCGCAGUGCAGUACUGUCACCAGAAGUGCAUUGUCCAUCGAGACCUUAAGGCUGAAAACCUGCUCCUGGAUGCAGAUAUGAACAUUAAAAUUGCUGACUUUGGCUUCAGUAAUGAGUUCACUCUGGGCAACAAGUUGGACACGUUUUGCGGAAGCCCUCCAUACGCAGCGCCAGAGCUCUUCCAGGGGAAGAAGUAUGAUGGCCCAGAAGUGGAUGUCUGGAGUUUGGGAGUCAUCCUGUACACACUGGUCAGUGGAUCAUUGCCCUUUGAUGGGCAGAACUUAAAGGAGCUGCGUGAGCGAGUUCUAAGAGGCAAGUACAGAAUCCCCUUCUACAUGUCCACAGACUGUGAGAACUUACUGAAGAAAUUCCUUAUUCUCAACCCAACUAAGAGAGGCAGUCUUGAGCAGCAGGUUAUGAAGGACCGGUGGAUGAAUGUGGGCUAUGAAGAGGAGGAGCUAAAGCCCUACAUAGAGCCCCAGCCCGACUACAAGGACCCCAAGAGGACAGGUCAGCACCCCAGCAGUGCAGGGGGUUGGAAGCGAGACAUUAUGCUGCAGAUGGGAUACUCUCAAGAGGAGAUACAGGACUCUCUUGUCAACCAGAAAUAUGAUGAAAUAAUGGCAACAUACUUAUUACUGGACUACAGGAAUUCAGAGCUGGAUGAAAUCACAACAAAAUCCAGGCCAGGCAUUGACCUCACGAGCAAUGCGGUACAGCGCAGUACCUCCAAUCAGAAGUCCCGCAGAUCUACAGAUCAAAGUUCGUCUGCUACAUCCAAGCGCUCCCAGGGGGAUAGUAAGCAUGCAGCCGAAGAAUACGGGAGAAAAAGCUCAGGCAGCUCCGUUAAAGUUCCCCCAAGUCCUCUGACUACGGGCGACCGCAAGAAAACCCCGACCCCCUCCACCAACAGCAUCCUCUCUACCGGUACAAGUCGUGGAAGGAGCUCGCCUGUAGCUGAGAGAGCUACUUUGGGUGUGCAAAACGGCAAAGACAGCUUGAGCACUCCAGGCUCCCGCACUUCUACCGCCUCGGCAGCAGCUGUCCUAACUUCCUCUUCCUCCUCCCGUCCCCGCCACCACAAGUCACUGUCCACCUCGGCCCACCCCAGCCCCCCAGACCUCCAUGCACAUCGGCCCAGCACCGGCCCACAGCGGGUUCCAGUGGUAUCUCCUUCAACGCACAACAUAAGCAGCUCCACGACAGCCGACCGCACCAACUUCCCCAGAGGGGUGACGAGCAGAAGCACUUUCCACGCAGGCCAGCAAAGAGCCACACGAGACCAGCAUGCCUCGGCCUACAAUGGACCCCCAGCGUCCCCCUCCCUCUCCCAUGGGAACAGCCAGGUUCGCCGCCCCGGUACAGGCAUCUUCAGCAAAUUCACAUCUAAAUUUGUACGCAGAAAUCUCUCAUUCAGAUUCCCCAGAAGGAGUCCGUAUGAGGGAGAGGGUCGAGAUGAGGCCAGCAGACCUAUGUUGAGCACUGCGGACAAGAUGGAGAAGGGUACCCAGGGUUCGGCGGGUGACGAUAACAAGGACUCGGUGUCUUCCUCCUCCCCCGUGUCCAGCACCCCUUCGUCCACCCAGUCCGCGAAGGACACCAAGCCACGCUCUCUGCGCUUCACUUGGAGCAUGAAGACCACCUCCUCCAUGGAGCCCAACGAGAUGAUGAAGGAGAUCCGCAAAGUCCUGGACUCCAACAGCUGCGAUUAUGAGCUCCGCGAGCGCUUUAUGCUCCUCUGCAUGUCAGGAAAACCUUCUCGUGACGACUUUGUCCAGUGGGAGAUGGAGGUGUGCAAGCUGCCCCGCCUCUCCCUCAACGGGGUGCGCUUCAAACGGAUCUCGGGCACCUCCAUUGCCUUCAAGAACAUCGCCUCCAAGAUUGCCAACGAGCUGAAACUGUGAGCCUGUUUUCACCUGAUCUACGGAAGAGGAUAAGACCGAACUGUGAUGAGGAGCUCAAGGCCAGACGUGGUAGAGGGUGAGGAGAUGGAACUUUGCAUGGGACAGCGGACAGUGAUGAGAUCAGAGACAGGGCGACAAUGGCGAGAUUAGAGACUGUAAAUGAUACUGGAGGGUCGGGACAGGUUGGUGGGGGAGGUUUGUGUGUAUAGACGUUUUGAGGGCCUUCUUUUUUCUUUUUUGUUUCUCGGUUUGGGUUUUCUGUCCCACAUCAUCCCUCACCUACUUUUUGUUGUCUUUUAUUUGUGAGAAUUUUGUUUGUUCCUUGUUUUGUGUUUUCUUCUUGAUCUUCAGUCGUCUUUUGUUUAAAGAGUAUAUUGACGGAGAGAGGAAGUUGAUGUAAUUAAUGAAAGCUGUUUGCUGGUGGUUCUUGUAUUACAAACUCAAUCCAGCUACUGUCUCGAAACGCUGUAAUUCCCCAUAUCCUGCUCCCUAACUCCAACCCACCAACUAUGGUAAAGCUCCACAUUACUUGAUUUUCUUACUUCCAGUUCCAGGUCACCUGUUGUUGUACAGAGCAAGAGAGAGAGAACGCGCACAAGCGAGUGAUAGAUUUGUGGUUUGACACACUGAAUGUACACACUUAGUGAUGGGUAUUUGAGGCUGAAGUGCUAGGCACAUUAAGUCAAGCCAUAGUUCACUCAUCGUGCUCUAAUUGGUUCUAAUUCUUUAUCCCACAGUAACAUCAAUGUGUCUUAUCCAAUCUGAAAUGGAAGUGCGGACUGGAACCCACAGUGCUCCAGAGGUGAAUCACCUCUGUGCACUCUAAGCCCAGACAAUUAGUUUUUUUUUUUUUUUUUUUCCUGCUGCAGGGGUUAUAUAUCAAAAGCUAAUUAAGGGCCAAUUAAGUAAUUAUUGGUAAAUUGUAGUGUAAUUAAGAGUUGCUGGUUGGUUUCAAUGUGCUGCACUGGAAUGAGUUUGUGUUUUGUUGCCUUUCUCUGGAGAAGAUAAUUAAUAUUAUUAUAAGAAUAAACAAAGUUGAAUGGUU